UUGCCCUUGUCUGUGUCUGAAGCAGGGACCAAGCUGCCAUCGGGGUUUUUACCUUUUUUUGGUUUAUGUUCCCUUUUCACAAGCAAGAAGAAUUGAUUUAUGUUACCAGUUGCCCCGGUGGAUUGUUGUGGCCAUUGGGAUCGAAAUCUUGCCCCACCCUUCUUCUCAGGGGUCGAUGACACUUACGCAGAGAGAAAACUCAUCAAACCAAACGAACGAGGAGUGGGAGGGGUGAAAGUGAAACUCAAUUCCCUGCUCUUAAUGCUCUCGCUGUCCUGUCUUUCAUCUUCUGUACUACGGAAUUGAUUUUUGAGGAAGGGACUUUGUUUUGCUUUGUAGCUCUUACCCAUCUUUUAUUCUUCUCAAAAAACGAGCAACUCUUAACCCCUCUGGAUUGCUGUUUGUCUGAUUUUUUAUUGGGUGUCCUUAAAUAAACUAUUGGGGGAGGACCGGAGGACUCCAUCCGUGAGGCCGAGGGGAGUAGGUGGGACAGAUUUAGUUUGUGAUGGCAGCCCUAAUCUCUGACAUUUUCUCCUCGUCGGCACUGUUGUCUCUGGGGCUAUACCACCUCAUCUGCACCACUCGGAACCACCUCAAGUCGCCGAGGGACUACGUGGCGAGGCCCUACCAUCCGUUCCCCCUGUCGGGGUCUUCUUCUUCAUCGCCACGGCUGAAGCACAUCCAGCUGUACCUGCUCAUCCUGUCGCUGCUGGUGGCCUUGGUACACCAGCUCCUCACUUCCACCGAUUCCGACCCUCUCCUUAAGGGUCGCACCCCUGUCUACCACUUCACCUCCCUCCAGUCCGCUGCCGUGCUCUUCCUAUUCCUGUUGCUCUCGCUUGCCCUCCUCCUCUCUGACGCCACCUCACUCCUACCUCUUCCCUCUGACCUCCUCUUCGCCCUCGCAUCCGCCAUCUUCUUUCUCCAAUUCUCCGCCUCAUCCGCCUCCGCCUCCGUCCAGACUUCGGAUCUCCAGGCUAAGUGUGAUUCCAUCUCCGCUUGCAUUUCCGCCGCGUCCGCCCUCCUAUGCCUGCUGCUCGCUUGCCAGCCCAGGUUAUUCAUUGCUGACGUUGGGCUCGGUGCUUCGUUCUGUUUGCAGGGGCUCUGGGUCUUGCAGACCGGCCUCUCCCUCUACGUUGAGGCCUUUAUUCCCGAGGGCUGCCAUCGGCUGUUGGAUGUGGCCAACGGGGUCGACGGCUCCACCAAGUGCGACUUAGAGGAAUCCCGUCUCAGGGCCGUGGCGAUUCUCGAUCUUGUAUUUGUGCUUUAUGUCUUGUUUGUCGUCGUCAUUCUCUUGGUCAUUUAUGCGGUCGUUGUCAAGACUGUUGGUUUGAGGAGAUUCGGCUCUUAUGAAGCUUUGCCCAUGCUGACCACUGCUGAUUCAGAUCACGUCCAGAUGAAGUCCUUGGCCGGAACACAAGCGUGAUCUGCUACUGCUAUUGGCUCUUGCCGGUUGGUUUUCUUCCUCUUUUUGUUAAUCCUUUCUAGCUAUCCAGUUAACCCCCCUUCUCUCUCUCCCCUCGUCCCCCACUCUCGGGGGGCCGUCUUUUCUACAACUUAACUUGGAAACUUUUAGAGAAUUCAAUCUAUUAUACAGAAGUGCCUCAUUUUUCGAGUUGGCAGCUUGGAUCACAGUUCUCCUCUUAUCUUUUAUUUGAUGCAACCCUUUGCAGCGUUUAUUUUAUCUGCCUUAUCUCCCUUUGGCUUCUCUGUUAUGUUUGAGGAGAUCAGCACAUAAUCUUAGCCAGGGAUUGCAUCUUUAUGGGUUAGAGUGCUGAAUAAUACUGGCACAUUGCAGAGGAAAAUAUUUUCCAUCUUUGAUUCAAGUAUGAAAUCUUCUUGACUUAUGCUCUCAAUUCCAGCAUCCAGUUUGCACUAUAGGUAUACACUUUGGGGUUUCUGUUUGAAGAUGUAUAUUAUUUUUCUAACUGAAGUUAGUGUUCAUAAUAUGUAUUGUCAUGAGUUGAACUUCGACAGCAUUCACAGGUCGACUGUAAUGUGUAUUGUCAUGAGUUAUUCUAUAGUUUGUGAAGUUUUGAGCAA